ACGGUGAAAUGCAAGAAAUAGUAAAAUAGGCUGAAAGUCAAUUGCUUUUACACAACUAACGUGUCGUUAUCUUGUAUCGUGAUAAUUAUUAACAGGAGCGGGGAAGAUUAAAGUCACAUUCUAAAAUAAGCAAGGAUCCUAUUCGCCAAAGCUUUCUUUUAUUCCGCGAACUCCCCCGACUUACGUCACAUCUAGAAACAAGCGAAAACUGCGGGCCAUAGAGAGGUUCUUUAAGGGUAAAGGGUUGAGAAGAACUCGAACAUGUCUGUGGACGUCGGUCUGCUGCUUACCUGGUUAUUGGGAGGCGCGAUUAUUGCUGCACUCGCAGUUUUAAUUAUUCCUUCACUGGCCUCUUAUGUGCACAAAUGGCGAGUACUUUGGCCAGUCACAGCUCCCGGUCCAACUUUUCCUAUCGUAGGCAAUGCACUCCAGUUUAAAAGUGGCGGAGGAGAAUUUUUUAACCAGAUUAUUCAGUAUACUAAUGAAUUCAGGGAUGCACCUUUGCUCAGAAUCUGGGUUGGAGUACUACCAUUUGUUGUGUUGUAUCAUCCUGAAAAUGUCGAGGUGUUACUGAGCAGUUCCAAACAUAUUGAUAAGUCCUAUGCAUAUAAAUUCCUGCAUCCAUGGCUAGGAAAAGGCCUUUUGACAAGCACUGGUGACAAAUGGCGUUCACGUAGAAAGAUGUUAACACCAACAUUUCACUUUUCUAUCUUGGCUGAGUUUCUGGAAGUCAUGAAUGAGCAGUCAGAAAUAUUAGUGGAAAAACUGAGAAAACAAGUGGGCAAAGAACCUUUUAACUGCUUCAAUUACUUUACGCUUUGUGCUUUGGAUAUUAUUUGUGAGACAGCAAUGGGUAAAAGUGUAUACUCACAGAGUAACUCGGAUUCUGAAUAUGUUCAUGCUAUAUAUAGGAUAAGUGAUAUUAUACAUAAAAGACAGAAAAUGCCAUGGUUUUGGCCUGAUUUUGCCUUUUAUCUGUUUGGUGAAGGAAGGGAACACGAUAAAUGCCUAAAAAUUCUACAUUCCUUCACUUUAGAUGUCAUAGCUGAGAAGGCAGGAAAUAUUGCAUAUACUGAUAUUGACAGCAAAGACUCCAAAAAGAAAAGGAGAGCUUUUCUUGAUAUGCUUCUUAAUGCAACUGAUGAGAAUGGAGAACGACUAAGUAAUGAAGACAUCCGAGAGGAGGUGGACACUUUCAUGUUUGAGGGUCAUGACACAACAGCUGCUGCCAUGAAUUGGGCACUGUAUCUAUUAGGGUGUUACCCAGAGGAACAGAAGAAAGUUCAAAAUGAGCUUAAUGAAGUGUUUGGUAAUUCUAGCCGCCACGUUUCCAUGGAUGAUCUGAAAAAGUUGAAAUACCUGGAAUGUGUCAUUAAGGAAUCCCUCCGCUUGUUCCCUUCUGUUCCUAUGUUUGCACGGACUAUUUGUGAAGACUGUAACAUUGCUGGUCAUGAAAUCCCAAAAGGAGUCAAUGCAAUUAUAAUUCCUUAUUCUCUACAUCGUGAUCCAAAAUGGUUCCCAGACCCUGAAAAGUUUAAUCCAGAGCGCUUUCUUCCAGAAAAUUCUUCACAGAGACACCCCUUUGUAUUUGUCCCUUUUUCUGCAGGCUUAAGAAACUGCAUAGGUCAACGCUUUGCAAUAAUGGAGGAAAAGGUUGUUUUAUCUACCGUAUUACGUCAUUUUCAAGUGGAGUCUAAGCAAAGGCGGGAAGAACUGGACAUUGCUGGAGAGCUCAUUCUUCGUCCAGAGAAUGGAAUUUGGAUUAAACUCAUAAACAGAAAAGUCUGAACAAUAUAAUAAUAAUAUUUGUUACUGUAGGUCUUACAUUUCAACUUAUUUACCCCUCAAUUUAGAUCAUAGUUUUUGUCAUAAAUUUUGCAAUAGACGCAGAAUAAAUUAAUAAGUAGUAUGGUAGAGAGUAGUAGAGAUCUUCAAAAUUUGACUCAAUGUUAUUUAGAAAAAUCUUGGAGAAUAAGAUUGGCCAGUUUGUUGGGUUGAAUGGUCUGUUCUCAUCACAGUUGUUCGAAUGUAACAGGCUAAGUUCUUGAGCAUACCCAAUAGGUUAUGCCCAUUUUAAGCCAAACCUAAAAUCCUGCGAUCUCAGCUCCUCCUUACUUAGUGAAUUAUAUUCUUUGUAUAAGCAAUACAAUUCUAUAAGUAACUGUAUAUAAACAAUGAGAAGUCAAGCAAAAUGACAAAUUUUAUUGGCUAACUGAAGCGAUUCCAAUAUGCAAGCUUUCGAGGCAACUGAGGUUCAAUAAGCCAAUAAAAGGUCAUUUUUUGCUUGACUUCUCAUUGUAUCCCUAAUGGCUAACAUGGUACAACAUUACAAACCUUUAAAUUAAUCACAGCUUACUGGAAAAAUCCAAAUUUACAGGAUCUAUUAGUUCAUGCAUCAU